ACGUCAGCGGCGGGGCGGGGCCAGGCCGCGAUGGCGGCGCCCAAGACGCAGCGCUACGAGGCCUUCGUGAGCGACGUGCUGCAGCGCGACCUCCGGCGGCUGCAGGAGCAGCGGGAGGCCGUGUGCGCCCAGCAGGGGGAGGUGCUGCAGCUCCAGGCUGCCCUGCAGCGCCUGCAGGCCGAGGGCGCCCCCUGGCGGACACAAGUGGAUCUGGGCUGUAACUUCUUCGUCACGGCUGAAGUCCCCUCCCCCGAUCGCAUCUUCGUGUCCCUGGGCUUUGGUUUCUUUGCUGAGCUGACCCUGCCCGAGGCCCUUCGGUACCUGCAGCGCCGCAGCCGCUUCCUCGAGAGCCUCGGGGAGUCGCUGACACGGGACAGCGCCAAGAUCCGAGCUCACAUUCGCCUGGUGCUGGAGGGUCUGCGGGAGCUGCAGGGGCUGCAGGAGCUGGAGGCGGCCACGGAGGGUCCCACCCUGGAGUAAAUGUGGAGUCAAUCCGGAGUGAAGGGAGGGGGGAAGAGGAGCAGGGAAAGGGGUGUAAAACUGGGGUGAAACGUGUGGCAAUAAAGGAUGUGGAGUUGGAGUGAAAA